UAUUGAUUUAUUUCUCUAGGUUGUCCUAGAAGAAAAGGAAGACGACGGACCUCCCGGACUGAUUUUACCCAGCGGAGAGAUUAAUUGGAACUGUCCUUGUCUUGGCGGAAUGGCAGUUGGACCUUGUGGAGUAGAAUUCAGAGAGGCAUUUUCCUGUUUCCACUACAGUACAGCGGAUCCUAAGGGUAGUGAUUGUAUUGAAAAGUUUGCAGAUAUGCAAGUUUGCAUGCAAGGAUAUCCAGAGCUAUACGAUAAAUCAGAAACGGCUGUAUCGGCGCUCGAAGAUUCCGAAAAAUCCGCCGAAAACUCAGAAAAUCCACCAGUUUCCGAAAAUGAAGAAAGCGCGGGAAAAUCAGCGGAAACUCCUGAGCAGAUCUCGAAAGACGACAGUGGGACUAAUAGCACUACUAAAGACACUGAACCUAGUAAGACGGACUCAAAAUCCUAGUUUUGUCAAUAAUAUGGCUGUGAAGCAUUUUUUAUGUAUGUAGUCUCUUAGGUUAAUUGUUUAAAAGAGAGAAAAUUUAUGAUUA